GGUAAUGUGUUGCACCAUAAACUUAGGACAUUAUUGAUGAAUACAACAGUGCAACUUGCUAAUAUAUACUUUUCUUUUUUCAGAAUGAAAUUUGUGAAAUUACCGUCGCGGGCCAUCCGUCGAGAAGGAUGGAUAAAAGUCACGAUGGGGAACGUGGGGACAAGGGCAGGGGCAGCCUACCCCCCGGGUUGGACCCAGCCACUGCUGCUCUUUACGCUCCGUGGCUCCACCAAGAGCAGGCAUUACUCUCCAAUAUGUUUGGAAGUGGUGGUUUAGGAGCCUAUGGGGCCGCAGCAGCAGCAGCUGCUCUUCCAGGGUGGGGAGGUCUGCCCCCUGGUUUCCCUCCCACCAGUUCGGCUGCUGGUCUGGCUAGUUUGGCAGUGGCACAACAAGCACAGCAGGCAGCCGCGCUUGCUAGUCUUGGCCCUGCUGCUGCAGCGUACCAGGACAGAGCACUAGGAGCAUGGUGGAACUUGGCUGGGAUGCAACAGAUGGAACUGCUGUCUCGACUUCAGGGAGGUUCAGGCGGCGCAGCAGCUGCUGCUGGUGCAGCUGCUGCUGCUGCUGCUGCUGCAGGUCUAGGAGGUUUUGGAGGACUUCAUCCUGAGCACCUUAUGAACCUGGAACUCCUUCAGGCUCAACAUGCAGCAGCAAUGGCAGCAGUGCUGAACACCAGUAAGGCCUCCACUAGUGGCAGUUCUAAAUCCUCAAAGAGUUCGAGUAGCAACAGCAACCACACCAGCAGUUCUGCCAGCAACAUCGCCAGCAGUAGUAGCAGCAAGGGGAUCACCAGCACUCUCAGUUACAAGGGCUCUGCAUUGACAACCACAACCACCUCAUCUAGUAGGCUGCACGACAGCAGUAGUAACAGCAGUCGGUCCAGUCUGGAGAUCAGUCGCCUAGCAUCCUCUUCACACUCCUUGUCUUCCAGCUCCAGCAAGUCUAGUUAUCCCUACAGUUCGUCCUCAUCACAUCGUUAUAGUUCACCAAUUCCGGGACUCGAGAGCAUUACAUCUACUUCACACCAUUCCGAUCAGGGCUCUUCACCAAGUCUCUCUUACGGCAUUGCCAGCCUAAUAGCUGACAAACACCCGUCUCAUAAUAAGUCACAUCACUCUUCAUCUUCAACGUCGAAUUCAUCAUCACAAGCAGAGCGGGUCGCUGAGAAACUGGCCAGUAAUGGGAGUGUGUCCAUCUCCAAGGCCAUCAGAAAUAAGGAGUUAGAGAUUAUUCCUAUAUCGCCGGCUGCAAAGGGGACGUCGCAGUCGCAUGGAAACGCACCGCCUCACCGCGACAAGUCUGAGCCAAAGGUAUCGAUAUCAACGGUGGGAUCUGGGAAUUCUCGGUUGUCCAACGGCAUACCAACGAGCGGAGGUUGGCGGGAGGAGAGUGCGAGUGUCUCUAUAGAGCCGUGUGGGUCUAACAACUCUACUGGUACAGAUGAUGCUCCAUUGAACCUUUCUAUGAAGUCGACACCAUCUCAAAGAAGUUUGAAAAACUCGGAUAAAAGAGACCAUAAAGAAUCACGACUUCCGGUACCCCCCUUAGUAGAUUAUCCUCCAGGUCUCGCUGGAAGCCUUGGUUCUGGUUUAACCCCUAGUCUAGAAGUGUUGCAGAGUUUGUACGGCCAGCACGGAGAGCCAAGGGAUGUGUUAGCCUCUAUGCAAGAAGCACUGCAGCGACAACUUCUUGCAGCUGACGGGAAAAGAGAAGAGAAGAAGAAAAGGAAAGAAGAGGCUUACAAGCAAUCUAUUUAUCAGAUGGAGGAUGCCCAGGAGAGGUCAAGACACCUUGGACGUGGUGUCUCCAAGCCGAAAAAGAACACCGUAGCAUCUUUAUUAGAACAAUGUCGAGCUGCUGGAAUCAAGCCAUCAAGCCUACCUCUGCCUCCUACUACCUCCAUUGCUGGAACACCAGUUACUACCUCUCCCCCUCUGCAUGUGUCUUCCAUGCGCACAGGGGACCCACUGUCACUUACUUCUACGUCUCCAACCUUGAAUUCCUCCUCGUCACCGUCACCUUCCUCAAUAACGCAGUCUUUACCACCCACGCUUCCUCCUGGUUUGACUCAAGCCCUUCCUCCCUCUCUAACAGCAUCUAUAGGGUCUCCAACUGUACCGCCUCCCUCAGUGACUACCCCUCCCAUUCCCUCUGUUUCGAUUUCAGCUGUCACCUCCACGACUACUACCACCACUGAAUCUUCAAGUGUAGUUACGACACUAUCAACCACUUCACCUCCUUCUGUCAUAGUCUCUACAACAUCUACAACCUGCACCACAACUUCCUUAACAAUAUCAUCGUCUUCACCUUCCACUCCAGCUCCUUCACCACCUGCAACGACUUCCACCACAUUCUCAACGCUCUCAUCUGCUCUUUCAUCUAGUGUUUCAUCUACUUCUACAGUAACUCCAUCAGUUUCUGUUUCUCUUCCAAUAUCUAUUCCUCCAGUUUUGUCCUUGUCGUCAUCUGUUAGUAUAACAUCCAUAGCACCAGAAACAACCAUGACAUCAGUACUCAAUAAACCUAGUGUCACAAUCCAUCCUACAACCUCGUCAGGAGAAGAUUCGGAUAAGGGGAAGGAUUUUAGCAAAAUAGAAAAUUCAGUCGACAUUCUGGCAGUUAGUCAAGCCCAUGAAAAUGGUGGAGAAAAGCCAGUUAAAAAACGUCACAUGAUAACAUCAAGUAGUGUGGAUGGGCGUCUUAUUACGACUAUAAAAGCAGCAACUGCAGGUAUGGAUUCAUCUGAAUUAAGUGAUUCCGAUUCUGAUGAUGAGUCAACGUCCCUCUCUUCGAUUGAUGAUGAGACGUUAAACCACAUUCCAUCCCCGUGGCUGAAGCGGGACACACCAGACUCCCCUUCUAUUUAUAGUGAUUCUCCACCCACAAAAAAACGGAAAAUGAUCACUGACGAAGUGUCACUUCGUGUUCCUUUAAUGUACGGUUGGAGGAGAGAGACUACAAUGCGAACUAUUACUCAGUCAGGGGUUCGAGGAGAGGUUAUUUAUUAUGCACCCUGUGGCAAGCCUUUCAGACAAUACCCAGAUAUCAUUAGGUACUUAGAGAAGAAUGGCAUUACUGAAGUUUCCAGGGACAACUUCAGUUUUUCUAGCAAGAUUGCGAUCGGAGAGUAUGUAGAUGCCACCACACAGAAAAAGUACGCAGAGAGUGAGGUCAGAGACAAGAUACAAGAAGUUCGUGAGCAGAAAGGCUACAAACCUCAACGAAGACAUGAUGUUGGUUAUACUAACGAGCACAGCUUUCGCCUGCCUGACAGGGAAAGUCGAGACGCUCUCGAAAUAGAAGCCGAAGCAAUUCUUCGUAGGUUGGAAGCUGAAGAAGAGGCUGAAAAGGCAAGAAAGGAUUUUUUAAAUCAGAUUGAAGAGCAGCAGAAAUUAAGAAUACAAAGAGAACAGGAAAGGAUAAAAAAACAAGAAGAACUAAGAAAAGAGAGAGAGGAGUUAAGAAAACAGAGAGAAGAAGAGAACAGACAAAGAUUAUAUGAACAGUUAAGAAAAGCACAGGGAGAUUCAGAUCUGCUAGAUAGAGAGAGAGAACUACUAGGUAAGGUUUCCAUCCUGCAUUCCAGCAGCUUCUCACCAUCUGUCCCUAUUAGAUUAUGGGAAUGGGGACUUCAGCAAAAGAUUGUGGAGAGAGAACAGGAGAAACAGAAGCAGAAACUGUUAAAGGAACAGUUGUAUCUACAGGAGCUCAACAAACAGCGUGAAAUGCUCUACACUCUUGAGCUGGAGCGGGAGAGGCGGAGAUAUCACGGGGUCCUAGUGAGAGCUAUUGAAGCGAGAAAGCGCCACGAGGACAGGGAGAGGAGAAGAGAAGAAAUGAAGGAGGAGAAACGGGCAACACGAGAAAGAAAACGGGAAGAGCGUCUGCAAGCCAGAGAACUUAACCUGUUACUGAAGGAAGUAAAGGAAGACAUGGAGUUGACAGAUCAUGUACCUUUGCCUGAGGUUGCCCGUCUGGAAGGCCUGAGACUUCCGCCGGAGGCCUUUGGGAAUAUCCUGAUGGUGUUCGAAUUCUUACAUAACUUUGGAGAAACCUUAGGAUUUGAUAUGGAAUCCUUACCAUCUAUACAAAGUUUGCAAUUAGCUCUACUGAAUGACACAGAGAGUGAAGAAGAACUCCUGAGUGUCCUUUCGCACCUCUUGGUGUGUGCUAUUGAGGACCCUGGAAUUCCGUCAGCCCAAAGACAUACGACAAUACUGGCACAGACUUUGAAUCGGGCAGAUAUCACUCAUAAUAAUAUUUCUGAAAUAUUACGGGUAUACCUUAACGCCAAUGCUACUGGCGAGGUACGAAUCAUACAUGGGUUAAUGGGAACUGAAAAAGAAAGGAGAGAAAAUCCAAAGAAAGCUCAAGAAUGGGACACGAAGUUAGCGGAGAUGGAUGCACACAAAAUGGCCCAGUGGCUUGCACAACUGCCAUUCCUGGCGCUGAAUCCAACGCAGAAGAGUGAAAUCGUUGCAUACGUUUGUAAUGAACUGUUGCAAAAUAAGGCUGUUGUGAGACAAAUAGAAGAGUCUCUGGAUCGACAUAAUAGUUUAAAAACUGAAAAGUGGAAACUUGAUGCCAGAAUAAGAAAGCUUCGUAUGAGUGUGGCGAGGAAAAGAAUAUACAAUGCAGCAGUGAGGUCUAUGAUGGAACGCUCAUCAAUGAUAGGCGGUGAGGAUUCCAACAUGUCAAGUGUGUCUGGUGUGUCCUCUUGUCACGGGGAGCAAGAUAAGACUGAAAAGAAAGAUAAGGAGGAUGAUAAGUUGAAAGAGGAUGAGGAUGAGGAAGAAGACGAAGACAACGAAAGUGGAAAUGACAGUGAUGUGAUGGAAGAGGUCCCAGACGAGGAGGAUGACAAACAUCUAAAUGCAGACGAAGCCUCUAAAACGCUAGACAUUCUUCAAAGGCAAAUGAACCAAGUAAGGCAAGACCUAUUUGAAACCGCUCAACAGGUUCGUGGCUUCAACUGUGGCCAGGAUAGAUACCAGCGCACAAUGUGGGUACUUCCUCAUGCUGGAGGACCAUUUUUGGAAGGGCUUUCUUCUUGUGACUACACAGGUCGUGAACACUUUCCAGUAACUGUACCUCCAUCUGAGUCCAAAGCUGGACUUACUCUUGAUGAGGUGAAAGAAAAAUUAAAGAUAGCACAGUUAGAGAAAGAAAAAAGGAAGGAGGAAGAGGAAAAGAAGGGGAAAGAGGAGGUGAAAGAGGAACCAGAAGUUAAGGAAGAGAAAGUUGAUGUAAAGACUGAAGCUGAAGUGAAAGUUGAAAAGAAAGAGGAGACUUCUAGUGAUAAUGAAUGCAAGAAUGGUGCGGAUGUGAAGCCUGUUAAUGGGCAAGUUAAGGAGGAGGAAGAAGACGAUGAUUUUGAAGUGCCUGAUAUCCCUAAGCGAACUGAAAAGAGUAAAGAAGAAGUGAAAACAAAAGAUGAAGUGAAAAUAAUAGAUACUCAAAAUGGUGUUAGUGAAAAUAAGCAAGCCAAUGGAAACACAACAGCUAAUGAAGUGUAUUCAUCUUUAAUUAAUGCUGGUUUAAAUCCUUAUAUGGUUAAUGGUUUAAAAGAAGGUGGUUCCUCGAACAGUACAGAAGGCAUUGACCAGAACCUCUUGGCUACUGGUUUAGGUUUAGUUCCGGGACAGUAUCUUAGACCUGAGCAUGUUGCACAGCGAGAAAAACUAAGUUUUAGCCUUUUACCCCGAAUUCCCUGUGACGUGUCAUCACUAGAAGCAUUACCUACUGGGCAAACACCCCAAGGAACACCAAGGGGCUCCCCAAGAGAAGCUUCUCCAUUUUCAAGGUACAGUGGACCUCAGAGUCCUGCCUCAGGAACAUCUCAGCAUCAGUUCAACACGCCCCUUACGCCAGGAACAACAGGUUGCUUCAAUACACCAAGCGCCCCAAGCACUCCAGGAACUGUGAAUACUUCUGGAACAAUGCAAGGCACUCCCGUCUCUAAUAACAACAUUUGUUCGUUAAAUACCUCAACGUCUGGUGGCACGUGUUUGCCGUCGAGUACAACGGGAAGCGUUCAGUGUCUUUCUCAUAAGGAGUUACUUGAGAGAUUACACCAGACCGCUGAAGCUCUUCCUGUUCCAGAUGAGUACAAAACCGGAUGGUGGCACUUCAGCGACAUCGAGCAGUUGCGAGACAUGAUUGGUGCCCUGAAUGAAAGAGGUGUGCGAGAACGUGAACUGAAGAGGUUCAUCGAAAAGAACUUAACCAUUGUUAAGAAUUCUCUUUCAAAGGUUGAUCCUGAGGCUGUGACCCUAGACCCAGACAUUGAAGAUGAAGAAACCAUAUUUUAUGAUGAGUACGGCACUCCAGUGGCAGAUGAGCCACCCCAUUGGUUACCUGACGUAGCACUAAAAAUUGACCUCCUCAUUCUGGAUACUGUGUAUGCCAUGGAGGAGAAAAUCACCAAUGCUUCCAUGCAAAAUAAGAGUUGGCGUUUAGGUGAUAAUUCAGAUAAGCCUAUUGGCGAAUUCCGAGCCUCAUGCCUCCAGCCAGAUGAUGAAGAUGACGACCGCAUAAAUCCAAUACAUCUUGGUCGUGAACGGCUUCUUGCACUUGAAGAGGGAAUUGAAAGAAGAUACUUGAAGCCUCCCUUGGGUGUUCUACCCAAUCCAAAGAAUGAGCCAUCUUCUGAACCUAAAGAAAUGCCAAAAGGACUACAGGUGUGGAGAGAAGCUGUAGCCAAAUCAGAAACUGCAGCACAAUUAGCAAUGUGUACUUACAUGUUGGAAACUGCUGUGGCGUGGGAUAAAAGUAUUAUGAAGGCAUAUUGUCAGUUCUGUCAUAGUGGAGACCAUGAAGAGAAGUUGUUGCUUUGUGAUGGCUGUGAUAAGGGAUAUCACACACAUUGUUUUAAACCUCCUAUGAAUACUAUUCCUGAUGGGGACUGGUACUGUUAUGAAUGUGUUAAUAAGUUUAGUGACAGUUCACAGCGACACUGCCUAGUUUGUGGUGGCACUGAGGGGCGAACGCUAGUCCACUGUUCUGUAUGUCCCCGGGCUUACCACACAACAUGUAUCACUCCCAAUCUCGCAAAGGUACCCAGAAAUAAGUGGGUAUGUCCGGCAUGCACUAGCAAAAGCCCGAGAGGUCGGAGAGGGAGGACAAAGAAAAUUAGCGAAAGUAAUGUAAACAGUAAUUCAACCAAUUCCACGACAGAAACUCCAUCAGAAAAUAGUGAUGACCCUCCAAAUAACUCAAAUGCAACACCCAAGAAAGAAAGAACAACUAAAAAGAAAGAUCAGAAGGACUUGAUCACAUGCAAGAAUAUAGUCUCUGAACUUGAGGUUCACGAAGAUGCAUGGCCUUUUCUGCUACCUGUCAACACUCGUCAGUUCCCUACAUACAAGAAAAUUAUAAAAAAACCAAUGGAUCUCUCUGUCAUCAAGAAGAAGCUUGAAGACAAUGUAUAUAAAACAAAGGAUGAAUAUUGUGAUGAUCUCCGAUUGAUGUUUAAUAACUGUGAAACUUUUAAUGAGGAUGAUUCUCCAGUUGGAAAAGCUGGUCACAACCUUCGGUCAUUUUUUGAAACCAAGUGGAAUGAGCUCUUCCCGCCUACUUGAAUAUAUCCUAUUAGAAUCGCAGGGAAUCAAAGACUCAUCCCGUAACCGUGAGUGGCUUGCCAAAUAGGAAACACAAUGAAACAAAUUCACUCAAAUACUACUAGAAAGUUAACAUUGUAGAAAAGGAUACUUGUCCAUACCGUAUUUUAUAAGCAAAGAAUAAAUAGAAAAAUUCUUUUUACUGAGUUGAAGAAACUUAUUGGAGGCUGAAUGAAAUAAAUCACUUUAUACUAUAUAUCAUAACAGAAAAUCAGUUUAUAUAUUUGUGUAUGGUGUACUAGUGAUAUAACAGUUGAAAUUCAUGCUGUUCUUUAAAAACACCUGCGUGACCACUUUAUGUAACCAUGGGACCCUGCAGGAACACUGGCUUAUGAACUUUUCGGGGACCCAGGAGAGUCAAAGUGGACUCUCUCCUUCUCCUAUUCCAAAGACAAAGUGUUUGAGUGUGAAUGUGUGUACAAAUAAUAAGUGUUAGUUAUUUUUUUUUUGUCUGAAGCGUUAGUGUCAGUGUAGAUAUACUUUGUGGAUCUUUUUUACAAGUUAUCACAAACUUUUUUUCCAAUUUAGAGCAGCUAGAAAUGCUUCUGCGAUAUGAUGAAGUACAGUUAUUAGUAAUAUCAGGUAGUUUAUUUUAUAUAUGGCAUUAAUGAACUGCAUAUGUGAUUUGGCAUUUUACAUAAACCUUCCAUUGAGUCUUACUAUAUGAUGUAAAUGCUGAAGCAGUUACGUAUGUACAUACAAAUAAGUCUUAAUGUAAAUAAUGUGAACUCUAAAAGCUUUAGAUAGUAAAUGGAACACAAACCCUUCUUAACGAGCUAAACCAAACCAGCUUUCCUUCCUUUGAGAAGUCUAUUUUUAUUUCCUUAAGUUAUCAAAACAAUUGGGAUCAAAGCUUAUUUGAUUUUUGUGGCAAUGACGCUAUAUAAGUGACCUUUUUUGAAAAAUGUGAAUUGAAAUCUUCAAGAGAUAUCAAGCGCACAAAUGCUAGCUGAAUGGUCUUACAAAGUGACUGACGGUUAUGUUAUUAAUUUCGAUGCUUUGUUUUAAAUUUUGAUAAUUUAUUCCUUACUCUAAAGCUCUUCUUUGGUCUACUUUUAUAAACUUCAUGAGUCGUAUUAUUACUGUUGCAACAUUGUCCAUAUACUGUAUGAAACCUGUAAGUCAGAAUGAUCUAGGUCAAAUUCCAAGGUUUUGUAAGAUUUUAUUUUAUUCUGAUCUAUAAACAGUACAUUUUUCCUAGUGAAGGGGUAUUACACAUUGCAUACUGAAUAUAGGAUUAUAAUGUACAUUGAGAACUGACAAUGCUUUAUUCUCAUUAUUAUAAUUUUACAAUUUACAAAGGAUAGAGGACUGUGUAAAAUAUCAUGACUGAUUUUAGGACACUGAUCUUCCUCAGAUGAACAGUCACAAGGAAUGUUAGCAUGGAGAAAUAUCAUGGCUGACAAUAAUUUGAAUGUUUGCCAUUUAUUUUAUUAAUUUAUUUUUUACAAGAGGCAGGUGAUUCCAUAUUUCACAAAACAUUUAUAGGUGAUCUCGGCUGGUGCGACAGCAGCCCUAUUUUCACUGGUGCAGAUGACCCUUUUCCCUUUUCCCUAUGUUACUCAUGGGUAUGAUUUGGCAGGGAUAAACUGUGUACAUAUGUGCUGUGUAGUAGCCAUUGUAGAGAUUAAUGCAAAUAUUUAUUUACAGUAGAUUUAGAGGCUAUGCAUUGAAUCUGAAAAUAAAGGAAAUAUAGUCUUCAAUGUAAUUAGAAUAAUAUUUUUAGAUACUUUAUGAAUAAGAUAUUUUAAUGAUACAAGUCUGGUGAUCAUCCAGUCUUGGAUAUCAGAAACUACAGUAUAUGUAUUUGUGUAUCGGCCAAAUUUUUCAGUUUGCCAGAGUUGCCACUUUUCCAUCUUCGGCCUUUUCCUUUUCAGUUUUGACCGACCUGUUGUAAUCGACGUUCUUCAGUUGUAAUAGCCAGUGAUAUUUCUUUUAGGUCGACAGACAGUUUUCUUUGUUAGUGAACUAUUUUUUUAUAUAGCGAAUUUACAUAUUGAGUAGACUCAGUUAUGACACUGUACAUUGGUUGCCAUAUGUUUUACAAAAUGUGAUUCUUGACGCUCAUUGGUGACUUAGAAAUUUGGCCCUAAUCAUCCACCACCUUUCCAUUGCCUCUUUAUUUAUUUAUUUUGUUUAUUUUUUAAGGAACAAUCCGGCAAGAAAAUAUGAGAAAUUGGCAAAAUUCCUCCCAAAAAAUUUGAUGGUAUUGUAUGAAAUUCAUGAAUAUGUAUACAAAAUAUUUUAAAAAUACAUCUUUGUUAUUAUAGAGUACUUCCUAACUCCACCCGCAAACACCCCCAAAAACUGUAUUCUUUGAUGCAUGAGAUUCAACUUGCUAUGUUGUUCAUUGCAAUAAUAUACAAUAACUUAUAGUAUUGAAAAAGUCCCCUCAAAAUGUCGCUGUCGGCGCCUUUAUCUUCUUUUCAAAGUAUGAAUACAAGAUAAAUUUGUAAAUUUUAAGUAAAGUAUCAGAAUGCUGUGAUUAACACUUUUUGUGGCUUUAAUGAAAGUAGACAAGUUCCUUAAUAAUUUAUAUAAAUUUCAUUCAUAGCUCCUUCCCCAUCCAAAAAUAAACAUUGCCGGAAUGUUCCUUUUAGAAGUCAGAUGCAUCUUUUAUAUAUUUUUUCAAAACUAGGUGAAUUUUGUUCAUAUUCAAAUCAAUAAAAAAAAAAGAAGAGGUGUUGUAAAGUCCUCCCUUUUUCAUUGCAUUUAUGUUAGCCUCAAAUCUAAGUCGUAGAGUGGUUAGAUGUUCUUUUUUUUUUUAUUAAGUCAUUGUGAUAAAGCCCUAUGAUUACUUUUGGUGUAUAAUUUAAUAUGAGUAGGUCUUUUGUUUCUUAUUCACAAAUUUUUUUAAAAUACCUUUUCAUCUGUGUCUCAAAGCAACAUCUGUCUCAAGUGUUUGAGUUUGGCAUCACAUGCCUCUUUUAUUUUAUUUUUUUAAUUUUUUUUAAGUGAAAUACAAAUGUGUUUGGAUGAACAUUUUUUUACAUUUUUUCUUCAAUAUUUAAUUUUUUAAAGUGCUAAAUGCAAAGCUGUUUUAGUUUUGUUGAAAUUUAUAAGAUAAUACUUGUUGCCCGUUCACUUAACAAUACUUUCCAAAUUUUAAUUUUACUUUACAAAGAUAAUUGACUCUAUUAUUUUAUUCUCGUUGAUGCAGAAUUGAAAAGCUAAAGCACUCCCACCUUAGUUGAAGAGAUGUAGCUAUCCAAAUAAACUUGAAAUUAUUGUUCAUUUAGCAACAGUGAUUGUCCCCUUCACAAAUAAUUUGUUUCGGUUGUACUUGAUGCUAAUAUUAAGCUGUAUAUGUUUCCUUUUAGGAAAAUUGUCCUAAUUUAUUUUACCACUGAAACUAUUUGAAGAAGGUUAGUUUUAAGUUUGGCGUUUCGGUGCCAUCUUUCAGAAUCCACGAUAUUCCUAAAGCCACAAUCAGAAUUUGUACUCCAAAACCUCUUUUGGUGCAAUAAUCAACUUCCUUUAUUUAAUAAAAAAAAAAAAAACUAUUUAUUUUUUCUUUCAGAGAUGAACUUAGUCUCAGGAUGGGGCAGCAAGAGCACAAAAGUUAUUUAUGUUAAUAAUGAAGGUUUAUAUAUGUAUAUAUGUGUUGGUAAUUUAACCAAUAUAAUUUGAUGCAACUCACUACUUCAUUCUUGUUUAAAUGGAGGUUAAAAAAGAGAUCCGUUUUAUUGGUCUCGUCUCAUCAAUUCAUUGUAUACAAACAAUUCAACCUUUGUACAGAAGCUAGUUCGUAAUAAAGUACGUCCAAGAAA